UGAACACUGCAGAUAUAGUUUCCAUUUCUCUUUGAAUAAUUUUAUUCAUUUCAAGCUUUUCAAUGGGAGGUCCAAAUCUAGAACCAUCUCAAUUCUUCCUCUCAUAAUCCAUUCUCCAUCUUCUCUUUUCUUUCCAAUUGAUUUUGCAGCCUUGAUUCCUUUAGGAAAUUUGUAAAUCCCGCCGGCGAUUCGCUUGGACAUGACCGUCGGAACUUCAAAGAAGAGGCAGCGCGUUCAACACUCUGUCUCUUCCAGCCGCAACUCUUCCGUCGCCGCUGCCGCCGACUGCUUCCCCUUACCGGAUAACUCCUCAACCGAAGUCUCCAAGAAACCCCAUACUCUCCGCCGUUCUUCAUCUUUCUCCUCCAUCCCCGCCGGCGGCUCCUUCAACGACGCCUCCACUGCCGACGUUCUUCUCCGUUUGUAUUCGGAGGUUACUCCUUUUGAUUCAUCCGGUUCCGAUUCUCUGUCGUCUUCCGAUGUUCAGAUUUAUCUUCAUUCACAUGUUCUUCGCCGAUCGAAGUACUUCUCUGCUUUGUUAUCAGAUAGAUGGAAGCCUCGGAAAGAUGAUGAUUCUGGACCUUUGAGGUUGAGUUUCGGUGUUCCGGGGGCUCAGGGUUCCAUGGAUGGCCAUUUGGCUGUUCUUGAGCUUCUGUAUGCUGACGAUAUGUCGGACGCUAUCCAUAGCGCGAAGGCUGCGUUGGAUCUCCUCCCCGUUGCACUUAAAUUUCUUUUUGAGGAUUGUGUGAAGUCAUGUGUUCGAUUUCUCGAGGCUGUGCCGUGGACUGACGAGGAGGAGAAGAGAGUGAUGGAGUUGAUUCCAUUUCUGCAGGAGGAAGAAUCGAAGGAACUUCUUGCUAGGGUUUUGCCGGGUCAGAAUGAUUCUUGUGAGGAAAUGUUGCAGGGAUUGAUUUUGGCUGCUAUUCACAAUUAUCCCAAUAUGGCUUUCGUGAAGGCAUUUGUGGCGAAGCUUUUGAAGGAUUUCUCUUCAAAGGAGUCAGCUAAGAGAGUGCUGAAGAGGGCAUUUGAAACGAGCUUGAAGGUCGUGAAGGAGUCUUUGGAGGAAUAUUCAAGCCCAAAUUUUAGAGGAGAUCAUAACGAAACAGAAGCCAUUCAAAGACUCAAUUUACACACUGCAAUGACAAAUGCUAAGCAUCUGUCAUGGCUGGUUGAGAGGAUGAUUGAAUUAAGGGUGGCUGAUGUUGCUGUGGAUGAAUGGAGUGAACAGGCUUCUUUCACUGCAGAUUUACAGCGAGCAUUUCGAGACGAUGGGUGGAGGGGCAUUGUGCCAGGAUUUCCUUCAGUCCUUCUAAGAUGUACCUCCAAGCUUGCCAAUGCGGUUGCUGCUGGUAGCAUUUUGGCCAACAAACAGGUUAGAAAGAAGCUGGUAAAGCAUUGGCUUCCAGUUCUGCUUGUCAGCAAAGAUCAUUCACCCUUGCUUGCCAGCAACAAGGGCUUGUGUAUGGAACUGGAGGAAACAUUCCUGAGAAUCAUUUCCACACUCCCCUUGUCAGAUGCACAAGAGUUGUUGCAGCAGUGCCUUAGCUUCACCCGACAUGUUGAUGAUUGCCCACAUCUCUUCAAAGCCUUUAAUACCUGGUUCCGACGUGCAACUCAUCCUCCACAGACAGAGAAACUUUGAUGAAAGAGGAACUGUGAGUUGUGGUUUCCUAUCCCUUUCAGUAUUGUACAUAUAGGAAGUGGGAACUUAAAGUUUGUAUAUAGACCCAGAAAGAUAUCGUUUUGCUACAAGAAUUGGUCCAUGGGACCCCUUAGUGUACCAUUUCUUAUUAGCACCACUUUUUUUUUUUCUUUUUUUGGUUCUGGUUGUGCUGUAAUUAUCUAGUUCUUUUGGAAACUCAUCUAUAUUUCAUUUUCGCUUUCGUUUGAGCAUGUAAGUAUCGUAUUGGACAAUAACCUCAGAACAUAGUUUUUCUGGAGAGA